UUAUAAGCAUAUUGAGUAGUUGUGCUUGGAGUCAAUUGUUUUAUUUUUAAUGCAAUGAUACAUGUCAAACUAUGCAGACAAUUUUUAUCAGGCUGUCAUACAAAUAAAUUAAGAACACAUGCAAAAUAAGAGAGAACCAACAAAAUAUUAAUGACAUUAUGUUAUAAUCGGUUUUUGUUAUAUAUGUUUAGGCACUUAAACAAAUAAACAUUAUGACAUUAAAUGGAGAAUUCUUCAUCCUGCAGUCAGUAACAUUUAUAGCUGCUUUUAACAGAGACUGAAGAGUAAGUGUCAUAUAAUCUGAUCCACUGAAAGUCUCAGUCCUUUCCAUGUCAAACACAAUGACCGAACGCAGCAGAAAAUCAGUCUUACCGCAGUGACCUCGAGUGACUCUUCAUACACUUUCAGUUUCUCCAUUCCUGUGAAACACCCUCAGAUGAUGUUUGCAUGUUUUGAGGAUCUUCACAUUGGUUGUUUCGACCCUUAACGCAGUCCCAGCUCUUGUGGUCAGGCACGGGUUAAUGAAACACAACGGGGCCACACGCAGAGCUGCAUUUCCUCCACUAGAGGACCCUAGAGAGCACUAAACACCCCGCUGAGGGCCUCUGUGAUCAGAAAGGGCUUAUUGGAGCCUAAACUCCUCAUGGAGGAUUCAGGAGCGGUUGAUUAUUGACAUCAUAUUUACAUUACAUAACUGCAAUUAAUACAUGACGACUCUAUUGAUGGAGCUGAAUGUGUGUGUGAGUGUUUCUGCUUGUGUGAGCUGUGAAAGAUUUGCUCAGAUUAACAAACCCCCCAGUUUUCUACAAUGCCUCUUUGUUAGUGGAAAACAGAUUAGCAGGUCAAGUGACCGGAGGUGUGGGCGUCCCUGUACUCGUCUGCUCCAUCCGUCCUUCUGAACGGUUCCGGUGAAGACCGUCAAAACAUCACACGCUUGAAAGGUCAAUCAGAAGGGCUGUGAGUGUCUUCCUGUCCAGAGGGGGCAGCGAUGACGGUGACGUACUCACGGCGGGUGGCAGAUGCGCGCCUGGGCACCUUUUAUCGCCUGCUUCUGCGAUGGAAAGGAAGCAUCUAUAAGCUGUUAUAUCGAGAGCUGCUGAUCUUCACUGUGAUGUACUGCACCAUUAGUAUCACGUACAGGUGUAUACUGACUGAAGAGCAGCGCAGGAUGUUUGAGAAGCUCUCCAUGUACUGUGAUCAAUACGCUCAGCUCAUCCCUGUGUCCUUCGUACUGGGUUUCUACGUGACUCUCGUGGUGUCUCGUUGGUGGGGUCAGUUCGAGAGCGUCCCGUGGCCGGACCGCCUGUCAGCACUGGUUAGCGGACACGUCCAGGGCACAGAUGAAGGUGCCAGACUCAUCCGCAGGAGUCUCAUGCGUUACGCCAACCUGUCAGGCGUCCUGAUCUACCGCUCCGUCAGCACCGCUGUCUACAAGAGGUUCCCGACCAUGAGCCACCUGGUUCAAGCAGGUCUGAUGACGGCUGAGGAACUGAGGCAGUUAGAGGAACUGCCUUCCCCUCAUAAUAAGUUCUGGGUUCCCUGCAUGUGGUUUGUCAGUCUGGCCAUGAGAGCUCGAUCUGAAGGACGCAUCAAUAACGACGUCGCAAUGACCGCCAUCCUCAACGAGUUGAACACACUGCGUUCUCAGUGUAUGAGGCUAUACGGCUAUGACUGGAUCAGCCUGCCUCUCGUGUACACACAGGUGGUAACCGUGGCUGUGUACAGUUUCUUUUUGGCUUGUCUGAUUGGUCGACAGUUCCUCGACCCCGCCCAGGGUUACCCGGGUCACAACCUCGACUUCUACCUGCCCGUCUUCACCUUACUGCAGUUCUUCUUCUAUGUGGGCUGGCUCAAGGUGGCAGAGCAACUUAUUAAUCCUUUUGGGGAGGAUGAUGAUGACUUUGAGACGAACUGGCUGGUGGACCGUAAUUUACAGGUGUCUCUACUGUCAGUGGAUGAGAUGUAUGAUCUGGUUCCUCUGAUUGAGAGAGAUAAAUACUGGGAUGAAUCUGAACCACAGCCGCCGUACACAGCUGCCAGCGCAGAACACCGCAAACCCUCAUUUAUGGGAUCUGCUUUGGACAUCAGCGUUCCCAAAGAGGAAAUGGAAUUCCAGCACAAUCUGGAGCAGAUUAAGGAACACGAGGAGGCCAAUCACUCCAGUCCAUUUCUGGGCAGCUUGAGUCGUCUUCUGGGCGUCCAAUCGACCAAUUUCCCUCGCUCGACUCCCACGUCCCGAGUCUCCCUCCUGCGGCGGCGUCCCCGCGCCCCCUUCUCUCGCUUCCCCCUUUAUCUCCACCCUGAGAAUGUUCCGAUGCCCAGCCAUGCCCGGAACGCCGACAUGGCCGAGGACGCCUUCUCAUCCAUGCCUUUAUACGAAAGACCUGGAUUCUACAGUUGCCCUCAAACACCCAUCCACUGCAUCCCUCCACUCGUUCCCCGCUCAAGACCGCGACGAGCGCACGGCGACAGCUCCAGCUCCCUAGCGCAACCAAUGAUGGGCUCGCAAGUCCUGGCUCCGCCUGAAACGCCCGCACCUCCUUCCUCUGCCUUUCCUUGGGUGGGAGAAGACAGCGAACAUUCGGGACCAGCUUUCUCCUUUCCGGAUUCUCUGCCCGAACUGUGCCCGUUAACAAAAUCACGCCUGAUUCAAGGGUUGCCAUCACGCCGUCCCCUGCCUUUGCGACUCUCUUUAGACCCGUCUCCAUCUCCAUCUACGCCAGAGAGGGUGUUCUCUUUCACCCCUCAAUCUUGGCCGCAAGCUCCGAUCAACUCCACCAGCUCAGGGAGCGUGAAUGCGGCCACCACAACAAACAGCAACGGUGCGGUAAACAACCCCUGGCCAAUCAACAGAAGCACCACUGCAAGCACAGCCAAUCCUGUCAACCCUAGCCCCACGGCGACUCAGCAGACAGCCAAUCAGCACAACUCUCCCAACGACUCUGGAAUCUCAUUGACUGAGGGGGAUCUGUUGGGUGCUGCAGUGAAAACGAGGGAACAGCUUUGAGUUAGGUGGAAAAUACCAGCUUAGCCCUGGAUGAAUUUGCUCUAUCAGGCUGGUUUAGAGUUGGUUUUAAAGACUUGUUUUUGGCUACAUUUAAGACAUUUUAAGAAACCUAUAAACAUGAUCAAAAACGCAACAUAUAUUGCCGCUAAAUUCACAUUCUGGACUGGAGAAAGUGCAUGAUGAAUCAUAACAUGCAUAACAUGCAUUUCUGACAUGAUUUCCACAUAUUUUUUAUUAUACUGCUUGUACAUGGGCAGAAACAAAUCAUAUAGAUCAGUAAAACCACUUGAUCUUCUCCAUCUUGUUUAUAUUCAUAUUAUAUUAUCCUAAAUACUUCUAUUAUAUAAUAGGCAGAAAACAGUAAGUAAAAAACAGUAGUAUUUCCAAAGUCACGGUAUUCAUAAAACAGUAGGCGAAAAGUACCUGAUGUGACUUACUAUUUCUGAAGUGCACUUGCAUACUAUCCCAUGAGGCAUGGAAGAGGAUUUGUGAAUGGCAGUGAAGUGAUGCAACUGAAGCUGUUAAGUCACAUUACAAUGACAACAUGAUGAAUGUAGUACAUCCAGAUUACAAUCUUCUAAAAUUCGUGAUGCACUUUUUUAGUGGUAAGUAAUUAUUCAUUUAUUCAAAUAAGUACCUACUCUCAAUUUCGGACACAGCCUGUAUCUUAUGAGAAAUAGGUCAUGUGAGCUGCACUGUCACUAUCAUUGGUAGUCACCACUGCUCAUUUGCAUAAACUGUUGCAGAAUGCAUGCUUUUUUAAUAAUGAAAACCAAAUUAUAUUAAAGAAAACAUCCUGAUUUGAUGCACAAACAGCCACUGAUGCAGAACACACCUCUAAAACACAAUGCAUCAUGGGAUUGCAACAGAAUUAAAGUGACUUGUACCAACCUGUGCUCUUUGUAAUUCUCAGAAUGAGGUGAAAAAGGGGUAAAAUCAUACCUUGUUCACUUCUGGCUUGAUUUUACUGCAGAUUAUUCAUAGUUAGCAUGCAGUUGUUUAACAUGUUUGGCAUUAAUCAAAAUGCACUUCUUUACCUGUAUAUAUCAAGCUUUGAUACUGGCUAUUUACUGAACGGAAAACUAGCAUAUAGUUUUGUUUUGUGUAGUGCAAUGCAUUCUGGUCUAGAUUAUUUUUUUGCUGGCUCACUUUCACUUAUCCAGGAAAAGCCUUGUGAAUUAUGCAUGUAUUCUUAAAUAGUUUAUAUAGCUUACAUAAACUAUAGGAAUUUCCAUGAUUUUUCUAAGUCUAUAUGAUUAAUAAAUCACUUAUUACAUGUUAUUUUAAGUAUCAUUAAUAUACUAUUAUAGUUUUUAU